AUCAUUUUCACCAACACAUCAACAGAGGCUUCUCGUCUUCUUCUGAGUUUAUUUCACAAGUCAAGAACAAUGAAACACAGUUCAGUUCUACUUUUGCUGUUCCUUCUGGGGACGUGCUCGGCUUACACCUAUCAAAAUGUGGUCUUGCGUGGAAAAGCGACCCAGUCAGACCGUUAUGAGCACCCGUUCGGAGCUGCCUACAAUGCUAUUGAUGGAAACCGUGAAUCUGACUACAGGGCCGGAUCAUGCACUCACACUGAUGUACAGACCAACCCCUGGUGGAGAGUGGACCUGCUGGAGUCCUACAUCGUCACCUCCAUCAUCAUCACCAACAGAGGAGACUGCUGUCCAGAAAGGCUCAACGGGGCAGAGAUUCACAUCGGCAACUCUUUACAAGACAAUGGUGCUGCAAACCCAGUGGUUGGUGUAAUUUCUCAUAUCCCAGCAGGCAGAUCUUUAAAAUUAACUUUUACCAGACUUGUGGAGGGACGAUAUGUGACUGUGGUUCUACCUGGUUCAGGAAAAGUCCUUACACUCUGCGAAGUGGAAGUCUACGGGUACCGGGCCCCAACUGGAGAGAACCUAGCAAUCCAAGGGAAAGCCACACAGUCAUCAGUGCAUGCUGGAGGCAUUGCAUAUUAUGCCAUAGAUGGGAAUCGUGCCAGCGUCUGGAGCCAGAGUUCCUGCAGUGGCACACUCCGGGAGUUAAACCCCUGGUGGCGUCUGGACCUGGGCAAAACCCAUAGAGUAUUUUCUGUGAACAUAACCAGUUACAACGAUCCUAAUUGGCAACUUGCUGGAGCGGAGAUUCGAAUUGGAGAUUCUCUUGAUCUCAACGGCAACAACAAUCCCAGGUGUGCUGUGAUCUCAAGCACCUCUCCAGGUUUUACUGAAACCUUCCAGUGUAACGGGAUGGACGGUCGCUACGUUAACAUCGUCAUUCCUGGAAGAAGCGUUCACCUUUUCCUGUGUGAGGUGGAGGUGUACGGCUCCAGACUAGAUUAA